AUGUCUAUAGACUUCGCGCAACUGGAGGAAGUGGACGGCACGCGCUGGACGUGGCUGUUCUGGCCAACGACCAAGGCCGCAGCUAGCCAGUGCGUGCUUCCGUUUGCGUGUCUUUUUACACCGUUGCGACCGUUACCAAACAUGCCCCCUCCGCUGCCGUACCCGCCGGUGACGUCGCGGGAGGGUACGGUGCUCAACCCGUACUGUAGCGUGGACAUCAACGCGCGGAUGUGGGUUUGUCCGUUUACGUUUCAGCGCAACCAGCUCCCUCCACAGUAUGCGAGCAUCCCGGAUAACCAGCUGCCAUCUGAGCUCAUUCCGGAAUACACAGUUGUAGAGUAUCGUUUGAAUAGGCCACCGGCCCCACCGCCGGCAUUUCUCUUUGUACUGGACACGACAGUGCCCGAGAAACAGUUCACGGUGGUGAAGGAGUACCUCCUCAAGGCGCUUUCGCUGCUACCGCCAGGAACAACAGUGGGCCUGAUUACGUACGGGCAGCACCUGCAGGUUCAUGAGAUUGGGUUCACUGAAGGCUUUCGAUCGUACAUCCUUCGAGGGAACAAAUCCUAUGAUGCAGCGUCACUGCAGCCGUUGCUUGGACUGGGCGGCGCCUCUGCAGCUGCUGGCGCUGGAGCUAGCGCUGCCGCCAAACAGCGUGCUGAUGCGACAGCAGCGGGCGCUCAUUCAAAACUGGCACCUCCAGACCGCUUUCUCCAACCCAUACAAGAAUGCGAGUAUAUGAUGGCAACGCUUCUGGAGGGCCUUCAGCGUGACGCCUGGCCAGUGCCGGCCGACGAACGGCCAAAGCGCUGUACGGGUGCCGCACUCGCAGCGGCUGCGGCUCUCCUGGAAUGCACCUACAGGGGCUACGGAGCACAUAUUUGCCUGUUGCAAGGCGGGCCUUGCACCGAGGGUCCCGGCACCAUCGUUGGUCCAAAGCUAGAUGAAGAGCUGCGCUCUCAUAUCGAUAUUGAGAAAGACAAUGCACCGCAUUUGAAAAAGGCGCUCAAGCACUACGAUGAGGUAGCCACGCGCCUGGUGAACGCCGGGCACGCGCUCUCCGUAUUCGGAUGUUCCCUGGAUCAGGUCGGUUUCUAUGAGAUGAAAGCGUGCGUGGAUCGCACCGGAGGCGUUUUCGUAAUGGCUGAAUCCUUUGAGCACGACAUGUUCAAGCGUUCGUUCGAGAAGUUCUUUGAAUGCGAUGAAAAUGGACAUCUUAAGCGCCAUUUCUUGGCAACACUCGAGGUCGACUGCUCUCGGGAGUUCAAGAUUGCCGGCGUGAUCGGACCCUCGGCUUCCCUGGAGAAGAAAGGACCCAGCGUCUCCACGGACACGGAAAUUGGUAUUGGGGGUACCUGUGCAUGGCGAAUUGGGAGCAUCUCGCCGGACACGAGCCUCAGCGUUUUCUUCGACGUUGUGAACCAGCAGUCGAAUGGGAUUCCCGAGAAUCACUAUCGGUACAUACAGUUUCGAACAACUUACCAACACAGCUCGGGCGAGUUCCGAAUGCGGGUAGCGACGCAUGCUGGGCGCUGGUGCGACGGCAACGACCUCGUGACCCUCGCAGCGGGUUUCGAUCAAGAGGCAGCCGCCGUCACCAUGGCGCGUCUCGCUGCUUUCCGUACGGAAAACGAAGAGGCCUUCGAUAUCCUCCGAUGGCUGGAUCGGCUUUUGAUUCGAUUAUGUGCGCGCUUUGGCGACUACCAAAAGGAACGGCCCGAGACGUUCCGACUUGGCCCCAGCAUGUCAUUCUAUCCUCAGUUCAUGUAUCAUUUGCGACGGAGCGCGUUACUGCAAACGUUCAAUACCUCACCCGAUGAGUCUGCGUUCUUUCGUUCGCAUUUGUGUCGGGUGAGUACCGCGGAUGGUAUGCUCAUGAUUCAACCCAGCCUGAUUCAGUACUCGUUGGAGAGCGCGCCUACACCGGUGCUGCUCGAUGUGGCCAGCGUUCGGCCCGACGUUGUCCUCUUUCUCGAUGCCUUCUUCUACAUCGUUAUCUUUUAUGGUGACACCGUUGCCCAGUGGCGCAAAGCAGGCUAUCAUUUGCAGCCAAAUUAUCGAAACUUGGCGGAGCUGCUGGAAAUACCGCGGCGAGAUGCGGCAGCGUGCAUUGCAGCGCGUUUCCCGUAUCCGCGCUGGGUAGAGUCGGACCAGUACGGAUCCCAAGCGCGUUUUCUGCUCGCGAAACUGAACCCCAGUGCUACCCACACAAGCGGUAAUGUCGAUGUACUUAGCGGCAGUGCCGCUGCCGAGUUCAUCUAUACCGAUGAUGUUUCCAUGGAAAUAUUCCUUGAGCAUCUACGCCGCGCCACUGUAGCGACGACUUGA